AUGCUGCCGGGCCCAGGACAAAUGGCCCAGCUGUUGCACCCUCAGGACUCUGGGUUUUAUGGAAGGAAGGAAAUGGGGGGCCGAUGGAGCUUUCUUGAGUUGUUUGGCCUUCGCCGGCGCCUACGGUCCACGAAGAAGAUGAUCUCUGACAAGAAACAUGGAAGUAGGCUUCGAGGUUGCUAUGUUCCAUUCAAAGACGAAGACAGUGGUGUCACGGAUGAGCAGAGAGCUGUCAUAGAUGAGUACAAAAACACUAAAGUUAAAAAUAAACACAAGGGUUCAAAAAAGAGUUCUGGUAAGUCGGGUCUGAAGUCAUUAUUUUCAAGAAAAUUGUACGGAAAGGAAGAUCAGAAAGAGAAGAUGCUUCCUGUUGGACCAAAGCUGCUGCGCACCCUUUCGAUACAUUACUUGGAAAACAAUGACUAUGUUCUGAAUGGUCAGUCAGCUGCCAAUGGUGACAGUUCUUCACACGACGCUAAACUGUCACUACCAAAUGACACCAGUACAAACUUGCAACAGGAUACGUUAAGCAACCUGGAUGGUUCUGGUACUGACCAUGUGAAACGGAAGAGCCACCGUAGCAUCUCCAUGGAUGGGAUUCUUCACAAGGUACCCUAUGGGCAGAGGCUUUCUGGAGAUAACAUUAGACAAGAACUUCCUCGAUCAGCCUCUGCCACAUAUGACAGGGAUGGUCUGAAACCUUGCAUUGGUACUGCUGCAAAGAGACAUGGGAACAGCGGUUUUCGGCGUUCGCGUUCCCUAUCUGAAUCACUGGAGAGCUACUCUCACUUGCUUGAUUCCAUUUCAAGCAGUGAAUCCAAAAGGCUGCUGACAAGCUCGAAGUCCACUAGGGAUCACUCUUUGGAUGGCCUUGGUGCAGCAACUGCACUGCAGAGAACUUCCAUUUCUCAGCUCAGAUCAAAAAGUGUGGUUAGACUUGCUGAAUUUCUUGUGAUUCCAGAAGACACAUUGGCACCAGAAGUUCCAGAGGAAAUAGUUGGAGAUGUGAAACUUGCUGUGGAUGAGGGUUCUUGUAAUGAGGUUGCUGGUGGCUCUGAGGAUCCUGUGUCACUUGAAGAGUUGUUGAGCGAGUGCGACGUCGUGGAAUCAUCGACUGAAGACAAUUUAUGUAUUGCUCCUUUAGCUUCAGAGGUGGUUGAUGUUUCAGAAGAACAAGCUCCUUUAGCUUCUUCAGAGAUGGUUGAUGUUUCAGAAGAAGCUGCAACUUAUGAUGAUGAUCUGGAGGUUCUCUCAUCGACCCAAGCCAAGCUGUGUACCGACCCUUCAGCAUCUGAAGUUGACAUCCCAGAAGAACAUGCAACAACCUGUAAUGAUGAUGAUCUUAUUCACUCGUCAACUGGAGCUGAUCCUUGCACUCUUCUUAGUCUUCUGCUAUCAGCAGACGUCGACAUUGCAGAACAGCAAGUGCCACCUUCUGAUGAUCAAAUUCGGUCAUGCAUCACCCAACCUUCAGAAGACAUCGACAUUGCAGAAGAACUGGCAACAAUCUCUGAAGACAAUCAGAUCCAUUCAUUCGAUUCUUUGAAAUCAGUCAAAGGUACUAGCUGUGUCCCUGACCCCAAUAGAGAUACUGAAGAUGAGUUAAAUUUAUGCUGUGAACAAGAAACUGAAAGUCCAACCUCUGUUCUGGAUGUGGCCUUCUCAGACCAUCCUGCUGCUAGUUCAGAGAACCAAACAAUGCUGAAUGAUUCGUCGCUGGUGGAAAAAACUGUCCAUUCAAAUGAAGCACAUGACCAUUCAGUUGGCACUGAUGAUGAUCUUGAUUCUAGCACUUCUGUCAAACCACCAACUAGCUCAUCGACUGAGGAGAACAUACUUCUUCAGGAGAACAACCUCACCGACCUCAACGCUCUCCAAGAAGCAGCAGAUGAUCCAAAGAACGAGGCCGAGCUGGCGUACGUCAACGACAUAUUCAACAAGUCGAGCUUCCGCGACGAGGCGCUGUUCGAAGCUUGGCGCUCGCAGAACCGCGCCGCGCUCCAGGAGGACGACUGCCAGCACUACGACGCCGCGGCGGCGGCCAUCGACUUCACCGACAUGUCGGCCGACGAGCUGCUCCUCUUCGACCUGACAAACGAGGCGCUGCUCGAGGUCUACAAGGACUACGCCGCCGGCGAGUCCAGGCAGCCCCGCUUCUCCUCCUUCCAGCGGCCCAAGCCCGUCGGCGACCGCGCCCUCAGGGAGCUGCGGUCCAGGGUGGGCCGCCAGCUAGACGAGCGGCCGCAGUCCGGCGUGGAGGUCGACGUCGACGCCGUGCUGUCGAGCGACCUGGGCAAGGCGGAGCGCUGGAGCAACUUCCGGCGAGAGGCCGACCAGGUGGCGAGCCUGGUGGCCAACUCCGUGCUCGACAGGCUCGUCACCGAGCUCGCGCUCCAGCUCGCAAAGUUUUGA